AUCAACAAAGAAAGGACUCUCACGUGAAGAAGUGGGCCAAACAGCGCGGAGACGGGUUCUCUCUUUUUCUCUCCGAAACACUUCACACGCCAACAUCUGAGGAGAGUGGACGGCCUUAACUGGAUUUAUGUGUUUCAGGCAAGCAUGGGUUGAUCAUAACCGCGAAGAUUUAACAUGAGGAUGCUUCUUACGGAUAUUGAAAUUGGGAUUCUCUACCAUGAUAGAAAAAAUAAUGUGAAAAGAACAGGCGUCGCCAAAAGAACAGGCUGUUUAAACAUCACAUGAGGCAUUACUCCUGAAAUAAUACUAUCAUGAGGACACCAUGCAUCCUACUACAUUCGGCCAUAUGCAUAUGCCUGAUAUCAGUGUGCACAGCUGGGUGUCUUUUCCUCAGAGAUGACCACAGCAUCCGCUGUCAGAAUACCAGCUUGUUGGACAUAGCCGAAUCACUCCACAUUCUGACAGCUGUUGUCCUCAACAGGCCGCACACCAUCGAAGUAGAAGACUGCAAAGGCAGCGAUCGCUUGCCAACCAUAUUCGAAAGCAUCGCGCAAAAUUCCGGUGUCCAGACGGUCCGGAUCAGGAGAUCAGAUCUCAGGUCCCUGCAGGAUCAAGUUUUUAUACCGAUAGCCAAUGAUCUGAAAGAUCUGGAUCUUUCCCACAACCAACUGACCAGUCUCCCGAAAGCGAUGGUGGUGUUGAAAGUUCUGGAGCACCUCAAUUUGCAGCAUAAUAUGAUCGUGUUUCUGAAACCGGACGGUGUGUUGGACAGUUUACCAAUGCUUAAGGAGUUGAAUUUAGCCCACAAUUACAUUGGUCUAGCGGAAGAGUUGGAGGAGAAUAACAAUGAACAACACGGAUACAGAUUGAAAGGAACAUUGCAGUUACAAGAUUUUAGUUUGGGAAGAGCAUCGCGCAGUCUGGAGUCUGUGAGUCUCAGAGGGAACAGAAUGGCCACCAUACCAACCCAGAUAUCUGGCCAUGGUUUGCCAGAGCUACGACAUCUGGAUUUGAGUGAAAAUGUGAUUGGUGGUCGUAUCAACGAGUUUUCAUCGAGUCUCUUGCCGAAGUUGGAAUAUCUUCACCUCCAAUACAAUAGAAUUCAAAGUCUACAGUUCUAUUCGAUGCCUUCGACUCUAAAAUACCUGGACCUUACAGAUAAUCCAUUCCACUGCAACUGUUCAUCUAUGUGGUUGUAUGAGUGGUUUCAAACUAAUACAACCGACAUUAGACUGCCCAUCUGCAAUUCCCCAGAAAAGUUUAAAGACCUUGCAAUGGAAGAGAUGCCGUGGGCUGUGGAAUGCCCGGAAAUUAACAGCACAUUACGUUACAUGACAAAAGAUUCUGAAGAAUAUGAUGUUAUCAAACUGGCCAGUAGUUCGAACUAUAUAACAGUAUCGUGGAAAGUAGAUGACCAAAGCAGCAACAUCGGGAAAUGGACCAUAGUGUACCGGAAAUCCGACGACAGCCCAUACCAAAUGACGGUAGUGCCUAUUACAGAACCACAGCAAACGUCGAGGGUUGUCCUCACUCAACGGAUAACAGGACUCAAUCCAAAAACAAAUUACAUAGUAUGUGUAGCCCUAGUGCUGGAGGCUAAAUACACCAUCGAACCAAAUAAAUGCAGAAAAAUAACCACGAAAGGGACUAGUACAAAUACGGACUUGAUUAAGGGUAUUAGAACUGAAAUUGAAGAAUUGAGCGUCUCUGCGACGGCUAUCAACAUCAGGUGGCGUUUAAAGAUGCCAUCCGUAUCCUCAGAAGAAGAUGAAGACAAUAUGGCUGAAUCGAUUCGGCAUGAGUGGACCAUACGAAUUAGACGCACCGGUUCGGACAACUAUACAAAUAUUCCGGUCUAUGACAUCACGUCUGGACAUGACAUUGAAGACCAGGUGUACGAGUACGGCAUAUCGGACUUGUCGCCACGUACCCAUUACGACGUCUGUCUGGUAGAUGUCGAGCACAGGGCAAUAAGCGACGAAGACUACACGCCGUUAGUAACAAACGAGACUUCGUCCUGCAGUACGGUACAGACGUACAACAACUACAUCCUGUACGCCACUGAGAUCGUUGCUAUAACACUUGCUUGUGCCAUCUGCUUUAUCGUGAGUGCGGUCACGAUCAUUCUGUGUAAGCAGAAGAAACUUCUACGAUGGCAAUCUCCUACGAAACUGAGGAAGUGGUUAUCGAGGCGUUGCAAGGAGAGGCCUCAACCCAUAGGCUGUAACAGCCACUACGCGACAACCAGUACACUGCCCAGGGUGCAGCCAUCAUCGGCAGCAACAGAUGCCAGAUGCCUGGUAGGGACCUGGAACACUUUAAGAUCCCCGUAUUCACAUUUUGGUGAUAUAGAUAGACCAGAAUUUCGCAGUUUCAGGACUACGACGUACAGAGACGCAUUGACGUCUGUAACGAUAUACAAGUCUGGUUAUUCGGAAUGUUGACGUACAUACAUCAGUUCGUUGAUAUACAAUAAAAGCAAAUUACAAAUUAUAACAAAUACAUAGAAAUUGAAUGUGGACAUUGAAUUUCGAAAGAAAUUAUAGUGAAAACAUAUGACUUUAUAUGCCAGUAAAAAUCAAGCAACAUUGACUGCUAUAGUAUUUGUAUAAGAAUCAUGUUUUUUUAAUGAAAAAAAAUUGUACUGUAACAGUUAGUAUGCAGUAUUGCUAAAUACAUUGGGUAUAAUGGUUAUCAACCUUUUAGGAAAAAAUUAAUGCAGGUUUAAUAUUCUCAGCUAUCUUUAACUUUUACAUCAGGAAAAAAAGAGGGAAAUACGGCCAUUAUCCAAACUGCUUUCUGCUAAAAUCCAAGUGAAAAUAAAAAUUAAAAGGAAAAAAAAAUUUAUUUUUUUUAAAUUUUAUUUAGUUUUAAUUUAUGAGUAAAUAAAACUCAACUUCAAGUUGAGUUUAAAAAUUCAGAAUUUUUUUUGAGCCCUUAACCAAGGGGCAAAAUAAAUUUAGAACCACAGUUCUAAG